AUGGACAUUGGACUCGAGAUCGCGGACACGUUCGCGUUUGACAUACUUUAUGCUAAGAUUCUUCCUGCAAGUCUGUCAAACUACCUUGAACCUCAGAUUGGCUCGUUCAAAAAUGCCACCGCUAGCACCAGCGCAUUGUGGGAUACCGUAUCCCAACACCCAUACGGACAGUAUGUGUUGAAGUACUUAUCGCCCAACGAUGUCAAAAUCUACGGAGUCGACGCGCCGCUCCAUUUAUUUGAAGAGACUCCCUGGACUCAUGCCUCGCUGCUUGGUCGGGCAAAUAUGCUGAGGCAGUCGCUCACGCUGUUCACCAUCAUGACCAUCUUCGGCUGGCUCUUGUAUCUGUCUGUGGCCUCGCUAUCAUAUGUGUUUGUGUACGAUAAGGCAAACUUCAAUCAUCCAAGAUACUUGAAAAACCAGAUAUCGCUGGAAAUCAAGCAUGCCAUGUCGUCCAUUCCCGUGAUGGUGAUUUUUACUGUGCCUUGGUUUUUGUUAGAGUUAAGAGGUUACUCCAAAUUGUACUGGGAAGUCAACGAGAGCAAUGGGGGCUAUUGGGCUUUAGUGUACCAAUUGCCAUGUUUCAUAAUGUUCACCGAUUGUUGGAUUUAUUUCAUUCAUCGUGCUCUUCAUUGGCCUUCCAUUUACAAGACAUACCACAAGCCUCACCAUAAAUGGAUUGUUUGCACUCCAUUUGCCAGCCAUGCCUUCCAUCCGUUUGAUGGCUAUGCCCAGUCGCUGCCUUAUCAUUGGUACCCAUUCCUUUUCCCAUUGCACAAGGUGUCAUAUCUCGUGCUGUUCACAUUCGUGAACUUCUGGACUGUGAUGAUCCACGAUGGUGAGUACAUGUCCAACGACCCAAUCAUCAACGGAGCCGCGUGCCAUACGAUCCACCAUUUGUACUUUAAUUACAACUACGGCCAAUUCACCACUUUAUGGGACAGAAUGUGUGGCUCUUACAAGGAACCCGACCGCGAGCUGUUCGACAGCAAGGCUAAGAAGGACAAGAAGACGUGGGAGAAGCAGGCUGCGAAGAUGGACCAGAUUAGAACUCAGGUCGAAGGAAAAGACGAUUUUAGAGUCUACGAAGCAGAAGAGAGUUUGAAAAAGCAGACUUGA